AUGCCCCCUGGUCGGCUCACCGCCCCCACCACCUCCCCCGUCGACUCUGUUUCUUCAGUGCCGGAUGAGACAAGCCACCUCUGUCGAGCCGGUGCUGUGCAGCCCGACUGGGCGGUCCACUGGUCCGACCGAGACAAAGUGUCCAUGGUGGUAGGCAAAAUGCCCGUGGCCCCGGCCCAACCUAUGCGCCAAGGUGGGGGCGUAUGCAGCUGCAUUGGACCUAAUACUGUCGUCUCGGUGGUUGUUCACUCAGAUUCUUCAGACUCAGCACCGUAUUGGGCAAGUGUCAACAACACACUGCCAUACGGUGAAUAUAAAAGCACACAUGGCGACCUUAACAUGAAGUUCCUCGUCCAAGUCCCCAGGCCGGGACGAUCAAGAUCCAGCCUCACCCAUCAGAGCAACGCCUACUCUUCCGCGACCAAUACCUGGUUGGGAGAGUGUGAGACAGACACGCCAUGGCAUAACCUUGGCUUGAUUGUUGUCUCGUCUACUUCACAGGACGCAUCCCACACGGACUGUACAAGCUUGCCCUCAGACAAUGCUGCCACUCAGGGCAGUGCCAGACAUGAUGACUCUGUCACCGUGAUGUCUACGACCCAUAUUCAAGGUCAAGUCACUCCGUCAAUCAACCUUAGGCAAACCACGUAUGCUGACCUCGACAGACACGAGCUCGUCGAUCGUCCACGCCGGUUCCCCGUCGAAGUCGGUACCAGUCCGCACCCAACAGCAAGAGCCCACAAACACGAGCGAAGCCCCCCAGAGCAACUAAGAUAUGCUGCGAUAAAACAUCGAGCUGUCGGUGAUAGCAAGAACAAUAGUCCUCGUGGAGGGAGGGGGGUAGUGACUGUCAAGCACUUGAGGGACUGUCUCUAG